GUCGUCUUUUUCAGCACUCUGAUUGGCUAAAUCUUUAAUAAACCCGCGGUUUGUGUUGUGUUGGUCAUUCUGGGUGUUUUAAUGCAGUAGAAUGUCCGUUGUGAAUGUAUCGAGUAACCAUAGCGACAAGCCGAGAAGACCUCCAGUAAAAGUUCUGUCCAGUCAGCUGAGAGAGGGGAAAGGGGGCAGUUUGGGGGGCGGAAAGACGGAGCUGAGCAUCCGGAGACUGGGCGGGGGUGUCGGGGGGUCAUUGACGGUAUCGGUGGUGUGGAUGCAGGGCACUGUGGUGGAAGCAAACACUGACCAAAACUCCGCACUGCUUCUGGACGAGACGGGCAACUUCCACAUCACCGGGGUUAACAACAUCCCGAGAGGAAAGCCCUGCCUCCAGCCUGGGAAGUACGUCAUGGUUAUGGGCGUCAUCCAGUCACACAAUCCCGAGCCUGUGCUCCGUGCAGUGAAGCUGGCAGAUCUUUCAGAUAACGCAGCCAUGCACAGGAGAAUGUGGAAGUACGAAGUUGAAGAUCUCCAACAAACUUUGCCAUAACGAACUGUCACGUUUUCUUCUCUUUUUUUUCCACUGGUUAUGAUUUCUGUAUUUCUGAAAGAAACAUCCGUACCAGUGUUUUUUUUUCUUUUCUUUUUGUUUUUA